CGCUCCCGACGACUUGCUGAGAUUAUAUGAAGAUGCUAAAGCGGGAAGAAACAAGCUCCAUCUUUGUCAUGGUGACUUAUAUGGAGGGCCCCUACUUUGGUGCAUUAUUUGAAGUAAAAUUGGAUGAACUAGAUAAAGAAGGUGCAGUGACUCAUGAAACGCAACCAGUAGUUGAAACUGUAUCACGAUUCACUGCUAAGGAUUUGGGUCGGGGAAUGUGGAAGUUUUGUAUUUUAGGUGCCAAGUUAUAUAUUUUGCCAGAUGGUGGUCCUUAUUUCUUUGACGAGGAGGUGUGUUUGCCCAGACGCAAUGGACAUAUUUUUGAUAUCAAGACUGGGAAGUUGUCAUCAAUGAAUCGCCCAGCUCCCAAAUGGUUUGGAAUUCAUGUGCCGGCAAAUGGGAAAAUUUACUCUCUUUCAGAUCCAUAUUGCUCAUGUGAUGUACCAGAGCCAUCUUUCGAGCACUAUGACUGUAUCACUGGGUCUUGGCAGAAACUAUGCUCUUUUCCAUAUUCUGAGGAAUAUGGUACUACAGAGAUACAGGGUUAUGCUGUUUGUGAUGGAAUCUUACUGUUUAGUAUACGUGGGUGUGAGGAUAACUAUUAUGCGCUGUGGGCUUAUGAUGUAAUUAAAAAUAAGUGGUGUCCAGUUGAAGUUGAGAAAAGGGGCUGCUAUUUCCGAAAAAGGGCUGUGGUUGUGGACCAGAUUAUCUAUGCCUUAUCCAUAACGCCCAUGGUUGUUGUGGCAUUCUCUAUUACGGGUGAUCAAAAUGAAGAAGGGGAUAUUAGUUAUUUGAUAGGAUCAUCAUUAAUGUUUGAUUUUCCACAGGUUAUAGACUGGAGAAGUGAUCAGCAUUUGGUUCAUUUGGGUAACUUGGUCUUUUAUCUUGUCCAGUGUGGCUUUGACGAUGUUGUUGAUGGUUGUCAACUUCUUUGUAUCACCAAAUUUCAGAUCGUGGGAGAAAGCAAAAUCAAUUUUAUAAGUUCAUCUCUUUGUGAGGUGGAUCUCAGGGAUUCUGGACCUUUCAGGAUUCAAUUAUGCUUAACGGCAGAUUGGGAGGAUGUCACACACACAGAAGAAGAGAUUGCCAUCCCAAUCGACCUUGCAAAAGUUUCUAAGCUGCACCAAGCAAUUCCAGUUCCUCACCAAGCUGCAAUCACCUCUCAGCCAUCAUAUGAAGCAUGUUCCUCAUCUCAGCCACCUGAGCCUUCAGAAGUGGCAGAGCUGUUUCAGCAGGAUCCCAUCCUGCAAGAGAAAGCUUCUAGUGUGGCUAUUCAACAAGUGUCAGCCUCUAGCAAGCCUGUGAUAUUCCUUUUUUGCCCUGGCAAGGGUAAGACUGGCAAAAGGUGUACAGUCAAGGCAAAUGAUUUCUUUGCUGAAUUACCAGACAAGGUUCUGUACCAAUAUUAUGUUUUAAAAUCUCGGAAUCAUGAUGCAAUGACUAUGAUUCAGGGCAAGGAGCUUAAGUCACAUGUUGUCAUUUUGCCAAGUAAUAACGACUCUCGUUAUGGUGAUAUAAAAAGGAUGGCUGAGACGGUGCCUGGGCUGCUAUCUCAGUGGUCAGCUACACAUUUUUGUAGAAUGCAUAAUCAGGAUUUUGCAAACAUUGUUUUGAGGAUAAAUGAGAAGGUUGGGGGACAAGACAUGGUACUUGGUGAUGCAAUACUCAGAUGUGAAACUUUGUUGAGUGACUGUCCUGCAAUAGUUUUCGGUGCUGAUGUGAUGCAACCUCUUCCAGGGGAGGAUCCAAGCCCAUCAAUUGCAGCUGUUGCGGCUUCUCAAGACUGGUCUGGUCUUAUCAAAUAUACUGGUUGUGCUCAAGCCCAUCAUCAGGAGCUCAUCAUAGAUUUGGUUGAACAGCAGCAGGAUCCGGUGAAAUGGACAAUAUCUGGCGGAAUAUUAUUACCAAAUCAAUACAAAGAGUUAAGAAACAUGGCUUGUUUGAGACUUGGAGAGCAAAUCCGUGAGGAUCAUAUCAAGAAAAGUUGCAGCCUUUCCUCGAACGAUAAGUACUUCAAUGGGCUGUUUCUUGUUGACCAGAGCAGAAUAUUAUUACCAAUUCAAAUCAAAGAGUUCACAAACAUAACUAGUUUGAGACUUGAAGAGCAAAUCCAUGACGAUCGUAUCAGGAAAAGUUUCAGCCAUUCCUUCAGCGGUAAGUUCCCCAAUAGUCUGGUUCUUGUUGGCCAGAGCGGAAUAUUAUUACCAAAUCAAUUCAAAGAGUUAACAAACAUAGCUAGUUUGAGACUUGGAGAGCAAAUCCGUGAGGAUCAUAUCAAGAAAAGUUGCAGCCUUUCCUUGAACGAUAAGUACAUCAAUGAGCUGUUUCUUGUUGACCAGAGCAUACCGGAUGCGGUGUUCUUCGUCUUCAACGCAGUAUGGACGGUCAACGAAUGGUUUUCCGGCGAUGAAGCUUUUGGAGAAACAAAGAUCGAUAUAGAGUCCAAGAUAGCCUUUCCUUCUAUGAGAAGUAUAGGUAACGAUGAAGUUGCAACUGUCAACCUAGCUUUUCUGAAAAGGUUUGAACUUGUAUUGAAGGACCCCAAGUUUGAAUUAGAGGUGAAAUCGGCCAUGGAUGGGAAGAAGUCGAUAAUAUUUACAGGGCAUUCUUCCGGUGGCGCAAUAGCUAUGCUGGCUACAAUCUGGUUCUUGGAGAAGUAUUCAAAAACAAACACUAGAACAGCGAAGUGUGUGACAUUCGGAGCUCCGCUGGUCGGUAACUUCAUUGUCUCUCAUGCUCUUAAGCGAGAGAAGUGGUCUCAGCACUUCAUACAUUUUGUCAUGAGAUAUGACAUUGUUCCUCGGAUAAUGCUUGCUCCUCUCUCAUCCAUUAAGCCUGAUUUACAGCUUGUUCUCGAUUACUUCAUAGCAAAUGGCCACAAGUAUCUACGCGGAUCAAUUGCCACAGACUUUUACACAAAUGUGAUGAGGAAUACCUCAUCUCUCGCAAGCCAUGCUGCUUGCAAACUGAUAGGGAAUACUAAUAUGUUGAUUGAGACUCCAUCAGACUUUAUUAAACUAAGCCCGUAUAGACCUUUCGGGACUUACAUUUUCUGCACUGGGAAUGGGAAGCUCAUUCGCUUAGACAACCCUGAUGCUGUGUUGCAACUCCUUUUCUACUCUUGUCAGUUGAGCCAUGAAAAUGAAAUUAAAGCAAUAGCUAGGAAGUGCUUGAAUGCACACUCGGACUAUAAAGAUGAAUUAUUGUUAGGAAGGAGCUUGGAAGAGAAUGUGGUUGUUGUUGAUGAAUUGGAGCAGCUCCCCUUAGCCUCAGAUGGUACUCCCUUGGAUGACCUUAGCCUGAGUACAAGAGGUAGAUUGUGCCUUCGUGCAGCGGGAGAGAUGGAGAAACAAAAACGAAAGAACCAAGACCAGAUCGAGAAGAAGAGGGGAGAAAUUGAAGAGGGAAUGAAAGGAUUAGAAGAGUACAAAACCUUCAAUGCAGAGAAAGUGGGAUAUUAUGAUGCCUUCAAGAAACAAGACGAAAAGAGAGACUUCAAUGCCAACGUGAUGAGGCUGGUGCUGGCAGGCAUAUGGGAUGAGAUCAUCGAAAUGUUGAAGAGGUACGAUCUUCCUGACGAAUUUGAAGGUGAAGAUAGUUGGAUAGAACUAGGAACCAACUUCCGGCGCCUUGUGGAGCCUCUUGAUAUUGCCAACUACUACAGACACGCAAAGAACGAAGACACUGGAGCCUAUAUGAUCAAGGGAAGGCCAAGGCGCUACAGGUACCCACAGCAAUGGCUAGAGAAGCAACUAGGCUGGGAGAAGGAUUCCUGUGGAGAAUCUUGCUUCUGGGCACAUGUGGAGGAGUUGCUCAAACUUGCCAGUAAUGGUGGCCAAGUUGACGGGGCAAAGGCUAAGGAACUACAAGAAAGAGUAGCAAAUUGGAUCGAGGCCGGAGUUGUCGGUAAGGACGUGUUGUUGAAAGAGUCUACAUUUCGCAAACUGUGGGUUGAACUCGGCAGUCUGAAAUUGGAACACGACUGCAUCGAAAAAUUGAUGAAGAAGUUGUCGAUUUCUUAAUUUGGGAAUGAGGUUGUUUCCUCUAUUAUGCUUUUGCUUGGUUGUGUUGUGUUUGCCUUUCACACGUUGAUUCCAAUUGUAAUUUGCUUUCAGAUAAAUAAUGAUCCGUUAAUAAAUUUGUGUUCU